CAGCUGUGGCGCAGUCCGGAGCCAUGGUGAAGAAGAGGAAGAAAGGUGAUGAUGAGGCCGAGGAAGCAGAGACACCGGCGGCGAAAGGUUCUGUGAACACCUCCAAGCCGUCGGCCCUCAAGAUGAUGAGGCCGCGGAAGUCGGGGCGUUCCGAGACCCUCAGCGUGGCGCUGCCCGCGAGCAUCGUGGAGAACGCGCAGGGUGGGGAGCUGAAGGCGCUGUUGGUGGGGCAGAUGGCGCGGGCGCUGACGAUCUAUGGCGUGGAUGAGGUGGUGAUAUUUGAAGAUCGUUCGGACGCUCCAAGCAGCGAUGAGGACGGCAUCUCAAAUGGCAUGGCCUUCUUCGCGCGGAACUUGCAGUACUUGGAAACGCCUCAGUACCUGCGGAAGCAGCUGGUGCCGGUGCACAAGGACCUGAAGUGGGUGGGUCUAUUGGCUCCACUUGAUGCUCCGCAUCACCUGCGAAAGCACGAGCACUUGCCGUACCGAGAAGGAGUGGUGUUGCAGAAGGGUUGGCCAGCGCCGACAGAGGAUGAGAAAGGUUGCUGGGUGAACUGUGGCCUACCGGAGCCUGUGUGGCUUCGAGGAAAAGAAAUCGCCAGCGACGUGCGUGUCACGGUGCGCUUGGAGGAUGCCGAAGCGGCUUCCACCACUUCCGGCAGCCUGCGUGGCCGCGGCCGUGGGCGUGGCGGCCGCGGGCGCGGCAGUGGUGAGGUGCAGCGAGGUGUGGCCGUUGAACCGUCCGAGCCGCGGACCAAGAGUGGGCUCUACUGGGGCUUCCAAACGAGGCUGGCCAAGAGUUUGAAGGCUGUGUUUGAGGAGUGCCCCUUCGAGCGCUACGAUUUGACCAUCGGCACCUCUGAGCGCGGCGAAAUCUUGGGCCUGGGACGUCUGCCCAAGUUCCAGCACUUGUUGGUGGCCUUUGGUGGCCUCGGUGGAUUCGAAGAGGACUGGGCGUUCCACAAAAGAGGACUGGAGCUCCUGAUAAGAACAACUGGGUAGCAAAGUAUAUUAUAGUUAUAUACAACCAAUUACAACCAUUUGGGGAACGUAUUAUAUCAGUAUUAUAUCACUAUAUAUAAUUAUAUAUAUAUAUAUAUAAUACUUCGUUUCAUCUUGAGCGAAAGAAAACUUUGGUUUGUCCAGUUUGUCCAGGUGAUCGCUGAUGAAAGAAGUGGCUACGAUGCCGCUACAGACCCAGCCUCUCUGUUCACGCGCUAUGUGAAUAUUUGUCCUCGGCAGAAGUCGCGAACGAUCCGCCACUAGGUCUGGAGAGGGUCCGAAGAUCCAAGGAGAGGAGGUUCAUGAGGGAGCUACUUUGUGUGGGGGUUUGAAGGUUUGAACCAUCAGCUUCUCAGGAGGUGGCUAUCAUACAAACCCUUUUGGUCCUGGGUGCUUCUCGCAUUAUUCUAAGGAACUGAGGAAGCUUUGUUUAUCACUCUUGCGACAUUGAACCCGUUGCUACCUGACAUUUGAACUCAAAA